AUGGAGCCCAGCAUCCAACAGCAGCUGUAUACUUGUAGCAGCUGCUGCGAGGUCAUUCCAAAGCUGCGCGCGCGCAUUGCAUGCGACGAUUGCCUCAACUUCAACCUCUGCACUAAUUGCCACAUAAUCGAAUAUUUCACUACACCUCAUCUAAAAUCUCACUCGACCAUAGUAUUUCGGGAAUCAGGAUAUAUUACGGCCAGUAACCCUCACUUCGGUUUACUGCCAAUCUCGGAUACAGAUGAGCGAGCACGGAAGGUUUCGGAGAUCCCCACAGCCAAUUGGGGUGCGCUGUGGAGCGUUAUGAAAGCUCCCCUCGUAAAAAAAACGCCCAAAUCAUCUGACACCACAUCCGAUAACCUUUCGAAGCCUGACGCCGGAUCCCCACUAUCUCAAAGUUCUACGUCUCCAUCCUCUUCUCCGUUAACUUCUCGCAAAGAAUGUAGCUCCAUAGAUUGUUCAAAACCAAUGUAUAUUCGUCCGGAUAAAUGGGAGCCGUUCUUUGAAGCUAAUUCUACCACACCUCGGCCGAUAUUUGUGGCUCUGAUGAGCACAAUCUUCAAUCUUCUGGAUGAUAGAGAGACAGGUUAUCUCAAGCCAGAAGUAUAUUCAAACUUUUUGGAAAUGCAAGGAUACCCGCUACCUGCUAAUAAAUGGAAAAUGGCAAGAGAAAAGGCCGCUGGAGUCUCAAGUAAAGACGUUGCCGAUCUAGAGCUCGAACUUUUCUUCUCCCAACGCAAUAUCAGUCACAUCUUAGCCGCACGACCAGCCGAAUUAGAACAAAAUGGAAGAAAAAUACAAGAUAAACCGCUCGAAGUGGCACCCAGAGCAAGAACUUCGACCGAUGUUAGUUUGAACAUGCCAUUGCUUUUGCGACAAGGAUUUAUCGAUAUCUGCGCUCACGAUUACCUCCAAGACCCAAUGAUUGCCCAUCAGUAUUUGAUGAAUGUAGUUCAGGAGCUUGGAGUCUGGAAAGAAUUAGGAGAUCUUCCUCGUUCCGUCUUCCCCUCCUUAGAAAUACCCUCAUUCCAAAUAACCCGCGAGGCUGAGAAAACAGAAGGCAUGGCGAGAGAACCCCCGAAAUUAUUCAUUCCGGCCCCCAAAACUCUUGAUAUGACUAAUAAUAGUGCGCCCCUAUCUUUUAUUGGUAGGCCCCGGCCGGUCAGUCUGAUGAACUUUGGACCAUCCAAAUCUCGUAUGGACGCACGAAAACGACUAAUACUGCAGACUAAUCUUCCUGACGAUUCGCUUUCUUUCGACAGCCCCAUGUCAGCUAGAAGCCCUUAUCGGCGAAAGGUAGAAACACUCAUCGAGGCAUACGAACGAGUAAGGAGUGACACUGCAGUUUCAUCUCCAGUGAACGUCAUGAAACCGUUUCCGUCCCCAAGGGCCACCACAUUUCUCAAAGACCCGCUCUCUCCCAUACGAGUAUCAGUCUAG